CUCAACGGCUUUCAGGUUGUUCGUGUACUGCAAGUGCCGCACUUCAUCGCCUGUGCUUCGACUUCAGCGAAAAUGUCCGCGUCUCAGCCCACAGAAUACGGACUCGUGAAUGGGCUUAUGAAGGACAGCAAGAACAUGCAUCAGUCAAUCAGAUACGCAAUACCCAGCGAAACUGGACUCGAUGGACCCGAUCAGGUGCUGCCUUCGGACGUAGACACAACAUGCGACGCGAAAGGCAGGGUGCGAAUCAAGCUGGACGGCAGCAAUCCGUACAUGACGAUGUCAAUACCCGGCAUUUUCUCCAGAACAGCGCAGCGCUAUCCGGAUCACAUCGCGAUGGUGUCCUCUCCCGGUCCCGAUGGCAAAAGAACCACGUAUACUUAUCGGGAAUACGAGCAGUCCGUGCGAACCGUCGCCAAGGCGUUUUUGAAAUUGGGCUUGGAGCGAUACCGCAGUGUCUGUAUAUUAGGAUUCAAUUCUCCACAAUGGUUCAUUGCCGAUCUCGCGGCCAUAUACGCUGGUGGAUUUGCCGCAGGGAUUUACACUACAAAUUCCCCGGAGGCAUGCCAAUACUGUUUAGAGCACGGUCAAGCGAAUAUCGUAGUCGUUGAGGAUGAAAAGCAGCUGGCAAAGAUCUUGAAGAUAAAAAGCAACUUACCGAACUUGAAGGCGAUCAUUCAAUACGAGGGCACACCUACAGAGAAAGAUAUUUUGAGCUGGGAUGAGCUAUUGGAAAUAGGGAGGAAGGAAUCGGACGAGAAAUUAUUGUCUGUUUUAAAAACGAUCGGUGUAAACGAAUGUUGUAUUCUGGUGUACACGUCAGGAACAGUCGGAAAUCCGAAAGCGGUGAUGUUGAGCCAUGACAACAUCCUGUAUAUUUCGAGAUGUCUGUGUGAAACCUUAGAAAUAAUUGAGAAAACCGAGAUCAUGGUCAGCUAUUUGCCGUUAUCUCACAUCGCAGCUCAGAUAUGCGAUAUUAUUCUGGGCGUAUGUAUGGCGAGCACGACUUAUUUCGCGGACAAGAAUGCGCUGAAAGGUUCGUUACUGAAGACAUUACUCGUGGCGCAACCGACCAUUUUUUUGGGGGUACCCAGAAUAUGGGAGAAGUUCUAUGAGAAGAUGCUGGAGAAGGCGCGCGGUAACAGUGCUGUAAAAACUUGGAUCGCCAAAUGGGCGAAAGCUCAGGGGUUCUAUUACCACACGAACAAGAUGAACGGGGUGGAUUACAAGCAUUGGGGCUACAUAUUCGCCAAGUGGCUUGUGUUCGACAAAGUGAAGGAGGCAUUGGGCCUGAAUAAAUGCCGCUUCUUCAUUAGCGCGGCGGCGCCCAUUAGUAUCGACAUUAAAAAUUAUUUCUUGAGUUUGGAUAUGCCGGUGAUGGAAGUAUUCGGAAUGUCUGAAUGUGGCGGUCCUCAUACAAUUACCGAUCCUAAGAAUUACACCUUUCGGGGCGUUGGAAUAACUUUAAACGGAGUCUAUACAAAAUUAGACAAUAUAGACGAGCAUGGUGAGGGAGAGAUCUGUAUAGCUGGACGGCAUGUGUUUAUGGGUUACUUGAAUGCGCCAGAAAAAACCGCGGAAACCAAAGACAAAGACGGAUGGUUGCAUAGCGGUGAUCUUGGUAAACUGGAUUCAAAAGGGAAUUUGUACGUCACCGGUAGGAUAAAAGAGCUUAUCAUCACAAGCGGUGGAGAAAAUAUAGCAUCGAACAACAUAGAGCACGCGAUAUUGUCAGAAUUACCGGCUCUGAGUAAUGCCUUGCUAGUCGGAGAUAAGAGGAAAUACUUAAUAGUGCUUGUGACGCUUAAGUGCGACAUGGACACCGAAACUGGGGCACCUUUGGACACCCUGAAUCCAGAUGUAGUGAAUUGGGCGAAAUCCAUUGGUAGUCAAGCCAAGACAAUAACGGACGUUAUAAGCUCUCAUGAUCCGUUGAUAUAUGGAGAAAUUGACAAGGCAAUCAAGAGAGCUAAUGAACAUGCUAUAAGUAAUGCUCAAAAAGUACAAAAAUUCGAAAUUCUUCCUCAUGAUUUCUCAAUACCAACUGGGGAAUUAGGACCCACGUUAAAGCUCAAGAAAAAUGUUGUUUUAAAGAUGUACGAAGAUUUAAUAGAGAAAAUGUACCAGUGAAAUGAAUCAAUGAAUUGCAUGUUGACGUAAUGAUAAAAAAAUACGAAUUAUUAACAAAAAUUCAUUACAAGCACAACUGAAUUGAAAAGCCAACCAAAUUGUAUCUACCAAAGUUAGACGUUUGACAAGCAGAUUGAAAAGAUAUGAAAUUAUAAACAUAUAUAUUAUUUAUAAAAAUAUUUUUUAAUAUAAGACACGCUGAUGUUUUAUCAGCGUCUUUUUGGAAAUCGAAAUUUAAAAAGUUAACAAAGCUCAAUGUUUUUUAUAUUUAUAAAUUUAGUUAUUUUAUGGCAAGUGGAGUCGUAUAUUUCAUCCUAUAAAGAUACGGGGAACAUCUGCGUUAACAACUAAUAAUUCAAAUAUAUUGAACAAUAAUUAUAUAAUUAUAAUAUAAUAUUAACACGCUCACUAUCAGUCAUACAAUGUAAUAGCUGUAAUUUUUCUGCCUAUGUCCUUGUAAACAAUGUUUUACACAAUCACUUUAAAAGAAAGGAAAUAAAAUUGCCUGUGAAAAAGAUUCUCUAGAUAAACCAUGGUAGCGAGCAUAUUAAAAUGAAAUUGAUUGUCAAUAAAUUUUGCAGCUUUUUCAAUUAAGUAUGAUAGAAGCGUGUAUAGACACAAAAAGAAAAUGCUAAAAAUGAUAAAAAAUAAAGAUAGAAGUACCUAUUUAAUGUUAAUUAUGUAUUAAUAUUCCCUAAGAUGAUUACGGUGAAUACUUGUAUAUAUAUUGUAAGUAAAAGUAUCAAUUUGUGUAAUAUUGUAAAAUUGGAAGGUAAGAAUAAAAAGGGCCAAAAAUAUAUCUUA